AUGCCGCGGGCAGAAGUGCCUCCUGAGGACGAAUGGUCGCAGGAAGCCGCAGAAACCUUCUGGUGGGGCAAUUGGAGAGAUCCCAAGAACUGCUUGUACCCUUGGCUGUAUGAGGAUGGCAUACCUCGUUCAACCUACCCGAUGAAGGAUGAUUGGGGCGUGCAGCCCUUCCCUGUAGACUAUGACUCAGACUGGGCACAGGGACGCACACAAUGGGAGGUCUACUUGGAUGCUUAUGAUGCAUGGAUAAGGGAAACGAGUCGCCUUAUCGAAGUCUACAAGCGCAAGGUGGAAGACAUGGACUAUGAGGAGAGUCGUGAGGUGUAUCAGGGCAAGUACCCCGAUGCACCAGAGUAUCCAUCACUUCACGCCAAAGUUUUGCAGGCUGCGGCGGAACCAGAUGUUGUGGCUUUGGCGGAUGCCUUGGAAGAGGCUGAGAGCGACCCAAAUUGUAAGGACUGCGCUCUUUGGACUCCUUUGAUGUAUGCAGCCAUGGCUGGCAGUUUAGAAUGUGUUGAGCAGCUUGCCUGCGAGGCAGGAAAGGAUGGAGGAGGGAGGCAGCUAGUGGAGAAUUUACUGCACAUCAAGCCAUUUGCGAGUUGCAUCCGCAUGUCGUUGGUGAGUGUGCAAAUGGGAACUUGA